AUGGAUCCGGUCAAGUUGCGACAGUAUGCUGCCAAGUUCGAGGAACUUGUGAAAUUUUGUCCAUAUUAUAAUGGUGCAGCUGCAAAUGCUUCUAAAUACAUUAAGUUCGAAAAUGGGUUGCUCCUUGAGAUUAAGCAGGGCAUUGGUUAUCAAUGGAUUCGUCGGUUUCUGGAACUGGUGAACAAAUGGAGGAUUUAUAAUGAGGACAACAGGGCUCAGCCUGCUCAUUAUAAAAGGCAUCACGCCAAGGAAUGCAAGAGUGAUGAAAAGAAGUACUUCAAUUGUGGAAGGCCAAGACACCUCAUUGUUGAUUGCAAGACUAAUGUGCCAGCUUGUUACAAUUGUGGGAAACCUGGUCACAUAAGCACCAACUGUCAAAAGCCAAAGAAAGUGUCUACUUUGAAUAAUGGACUAGUUAUCAAUACUCGAACUAAUGGGUCGUUGGAAUUCAACCAUGUUCAUAUCAAUUGCUACAACAAGUCAGUACGACUUCUUGCUCCUGAUGAUGAACAAAAAGCACGUUUCAUAUCUGCUAGUCAAUUGGAAGAGUUGUUGAAAGAUGAAGCUAAAGUGUUUGCAAUGUUUUCUUCCUUGUCCGUUGAGAGUCAAAUAGUAGUUGAAGGGUUACCAGUGGUAUGUGAAUUUCCAGAGGUGUUUCUAGAUGAUAUUUCAAAAUUACCGCCAGAGAGAGAGGCGGAGUUUACUAUUGAUCUUGUUCCUGGUACUAUACAUGUUUCUAUGGCACCAUACAAAAUGUCAACAUCAGAGUUGUGA